UCCCAACCACUGCCUGAUGACACGAGGGACAGUGUGAGAGCAGCGUAUAAGGCUGUUUUAUUUAUUUGAGAGCUGUAGUUAUUGUAGUUACUGUAGUUUGUUCUUCAGAAUGGCUGCUGAGCGACUCUCCAAAAUCCCUGAAGCUGAUAUUGACCCGAACGGCGUGUUUAAAUACGUCCUCAUACGAGUUCACAGCAAAGAAGACGAGUCGUAUGUUGACAUAGUGCGAGGCUACAGCUGGGCGGAGUAUCACGCUGAUAUCUAUGAUAAGGUUUCUGGGGAUCUGGAGAGAGCCGGUGAUGUGGACUGUGAGUGUAUAGGAGGUGGAAGGAUCAAACAUGACAGUGCAGAGAAAAAAAUCCAUGUCUAUGGCUACUCCAUGGGCUUUGGGAGAGCAAAUCACUCCGUUUCUACAGAAAAACUGAAGGCACAAUAUCCAGACUAUGAGAUUACUUGGGCAAAUGAAGGCUACUGAUUAGUUGACCAAGUCUUCUAUCAUUCUGGUCAGUCCAAGGACCUCCUGUCUUCUGCUGAGCUGUUCAUACAGAAACAGAGCUGUUCUCAGCAUAAGAAGGAGCAGAAAAGUACUCACUAUGUCUAAAAUCAUCCACUUGCUGAAUCAUGGGGUGGAUCUUCAGCAGCUUUAACUCAUUGUACUGAUUUUGUAUGUUAUUUAAACUCACUGUAAAGGUCAGUUCACCCAAAAAAUACUUCAUGUAAUAACAAGCAAUUGAACUAGUUUUAUUCAGCUCAAAAAAAAAAAAACUUUGGUCGAAAAGAGUCAUUCAAGUAUUUACGUAGGUUGAAUAAAACUAGUUAAAUUACUUGUUACCACAAAGUAAUUUUUUAGGUUGAAUUGGCAAGAUUUUUUUUUGUUUACAGUGUUCUUAUCUGUAAGUUUGUUUACAACUAAACUGCCUAUUUGUUUUGACAGUGAGCUUAUGCACAACUUGAGAAGUCAAGUGGCAUAAUCUGAAUAGGGAUUUUCAGUGCAUUGCACCAUUGACAUUGGAAUAUAGUCCAAACACUCUGAUCUUAUGUGUGUAUGGGCAGUGAGUUUUCAGACUUUUCAACGUUUUCAUAAGUCAGUCUCUGACAUGUAAACA